GGGGAUGAGGAGCCGCUGAAGGGCGGGCAGCAGCAGCAGUAGCCGCCUCCGCUGGACAGAGGGAGCCGGCUCGCCUGGCUGGCUGGCUCUCUCUCUCUCCCUCCCUCCCUCCUCCUCCUCCUCCUCCCCCCCGCUGGAGCGCUCUCCCGGACGCAGGGCAGCGGCAUGGAGGGCAGCAAGCCCGGCUCCUCGCCCGGUAGCCGGGACGACGGCAGUCCCAGCGCCAACGCCUGCGUCCAGGCGAAGCCGGCGGCGGACAAGGCGCUGGGCAGCCCGGGCGCCGGCGGGAGCCUCAAGGACCAUGGCAACUCGGUGUGUUUCAAAGUGGACGGCGGCGGCGAGGAGCCCAUGGUGGGCUUUCACGACGCCGACGACUCCCGGCGGCAAUACGGCUUCAUGCAGCGGCAGCUCACCUCCAUGCUGCAGCCCGGGGUCAACAAAUUCUCCCUCCGCAUGUUCGGUAGCCAGAAGGCGGUGGAGAAGGAGCAGGAAAGGGUUAAAACUGCAGGAUUCUGGAUCAUCCAUCCCUACAGCGACUUCAGGUUUUACUGGGACUUAAUAAUGCUUAUAAUGAUGGUUGGAAAUCUUGUCAUUAUACCUGUCGGGAUCACGUUCUUCACAGAGCAGACAACAACGCCAUGGAUUAUUUUCAAUGUAGCGUCAGAUACUGUGUUUCUCUUGGACUUGAUCAUGAACUUUAGAACUGGCACUGUUAAUGAGGACAGCUCUGAGAUUAUCCUGGACCCCAAAGUCAUCAAGAUGAAUUAUUUAAAGAGCUGGUUUGUAGUUGACUUCAUCUCAUCAAUACCAGUGGAUUAUAUCUUUCUCAUUGUAGAAAAAGGGAUGGAUUCAGAAGUCUAUAAGACUGCUAGAGCACUCCGCAUUGUAAGGUUCACAAAAAUUCUCAGUCUGUUGCGUUUAUUACGACUUUCAAGAUUAAUAAGAUAUAUUCAUCAGUGGGAAGAGAUUUUCCACAUGACAUAUGAUCUUGCAAGUGCUGUGGUGAGAAUCUUCAACCUGAUUGGAAUGAUGCUGCUGCUUUGCCACUGGGAUGGUUGCCUUCAGUUUUUGGUACCAUUACUCCAGGAUUUCCCACACGAUUGCUGGGUGUCCCUAAAUGGUAUGGUUAAUGAUUCCUGGGGAAAGCAAUACUCAUAUGCACUCUUCAAAGCCAUGAGCCAUAUGCUUUGCAUUGGUUACGGAGCCAGAGCCCCUGUCAGCAUGUCGGAUCUCUGGAUAACCAUGCUGAGUAUGAUUGUGGGGGCCACCUGUUACGCCAUGUUUGUGGGUCACGCGACAGCCCUGAUUCAGUCUUUGGAUUCAUCACGGCGUCAGUAUCAAGAGAAGUACAAACAAGUGGAACAGUACAUGUCGUUUCAUAAACUGCCUGCCGAUAUGCGUCAGAAGAUCCAUGAUUAUUAUGAACAUCGUUACCAGGGAAAGAUCUUUGAUGAAGAGAGCAUUCUCAAUGAGCUCAACGACCCACUUAGGGAGGAGAUUGUCAACUUCAACUGCCGGAAGCUUGUCGCCACAAUGCCUCUCUUUGCAAAUGCUGAUCCAAAUUUUGUAACGGCCAUGCUGAGCAAACUGCGGUUUGAGGUGUUCCAGCCUGGAGAUUACAUUAUCCGAGAAGGAGCUGUAGGAAAAAAGAUGUAUUUCAUUCAACAUGGGGUUGCCGGUGUUAUCACUAAAGCAAGUAAAGAGAUGAAAUUGACAGAUGGCUCCUACUUUGGAGAGAUCUGCCUUCUGACCAAGGGCCGCCGCACAGCCAGCGUGAGAGCUGACACGUAUUGCCGGCUGUAUUCUCUCUCUGUGGACAACUUCAAUGAGGUUCUGGAGGAGUACCCCAUGAUGAGAAGAGCAUUUGAAACAGUAGCCAUUGACAGGCUGGAUCGGAUAGGAAAGAAGAAUUCACUUCUACUGCAGAAAUUCCAAAAAGAUCUCAACACCGGUGUCUUCAACAACCAGGAAAGUGAAAUUUUGAAACAGAUAGUGAAACACGAUCGAGAGAUGGUGCAGAUGGUUGGGCCGGUGAAUUUGCAGCAAAUGCCAGCACUGAAUUCAAGUGCUUUGACCACUGCUUCAUCAACGCAGAUGAGGACACAGUCCCCACCUGUGUACUCUGUGACCAGCCUCUCCCACGGAAGCCUGAACUCUCCAACGCCGAGCACACAGACGCCACAGCAAGGUGCCGUUUUCUCCCCCUGUUCCUACCCUUCUGCAGUCUGUAGUCCAGCAGUACAAAGCCCUCUAGCUGGCCGAACUUUUCAGUAUGCAACACCUACAGCUUCUCAAUUGUCACUGCUGCAGCAGCAGCAACUGCAGCAACAGCCACCACCACAGCCAAAACAAAUGCCUAGCGGGUCACAGAAGAGCGAUGUCCAUAAGAGUACACAAGCGCUUCACAAUGCGAGUCUGACAAGAGAGGUGAGACCUCUCUCUGCUUCACAGCCUUCUUUGCCCCACGAGGUUUCCACUAUGAUUUCUAGACCCCAUCCAACAGUGGGAGAAUCUUUAGCCUCCAUUCCACAGCCAGUCUCCAGUUUCCAAAUCACAGGCAUCCAGGCUGGAAGCAAAGGCACUGUCCCCCAAAGAGUUGCCCUCUUCCGCCAGAUGUCUUCAGGAGCAAUUCCACCAACGCGAGGGGCCACGCCAUCAGCAGCCACACUGCAAAGGGAUUCUUCCACAGUCUUAAGCACGGAACUAGAGGGAGAUAAACCGCGGUUUGCUUCAAACUUAUGAUUCAGGCAGACUACGAACAGGGAUGCUGACAUAAACUGAGAUCACUCCCAGGAAACUGUUUUAAUCUAAUUUGUGAUAGAUCACAGCUGUCUGCAACGAAAAGGAACACUUUGGACAAAUUGAGCCUUUGAAAUUGAAUGUACAGAGAGAGAGAGAGGGAAGGAGAGAGAAAGAGAGAGAAAUCCAAAUGGCCUCCCAUGUCUUCCUUUCUUACAAAUUGUCAAAAUGAGUCUAAAAACAUUGGUUGUAUUGUUAUUUAUUUUUAACUCAGUUAAAAAUAUGAAGAGAUUUCCUGUUCUUAUUCUACAGUAUUAUCAAUUCCAGGAACUAAGCCACACACAAAAAAUAAUUACAAUAAUAAUAAUAAUAACAAUUAUAAUCAUACAUAGAACACAAAUUAACUUGGAACGAGCACCUCUUGAACAAUAGUUUUUAACUUUUCUUAAAGAUAAUUGAGACACAUUUCCCAUUUUAGAGGUCCAGAUUACUUUUUGGUGCUUUUACAUUCAGGUUUAGAUGAAGGAUCCAUGGAAUUUCUUGCUGUCUACAAAAGAAGGUUUAGCAGUACUGCUUGUUCUGGAUGAAAUCUAACCUCAGAAUCAUUCUCCUCUUUCAGAAAGCUGAAUGGACUUCUGUCUUCGUAUUGGGGGGAAAAAUGAGUGGAGACUCAUUCAUCUUACUGUAAAUAACUUUUUAGACCCACAUAACGACAACAAAAAUAGCUCCUGUGUGCUGUACCAUCGCAAAUAUUUGUUCAGAAGUUUAGUUUCAGCUCUUCAUGCCAAAAUACAACAUUUUGAAAUUUUACAAACUAUAAAAUGCAACACAACUGUAAUGCAAUGGCUUGAGACCUCCAAUGCUACUUUUACAUGCAGCGUUUUUAUGCAAAAUGGUAUGCUUGUUCCUGCUCAGUGUACUUCACCAAUACCAUCACCUUUUUCUUUUUUGCCCUAGGCAGUAUCUGAAAAUAUUCCAUGCAUGCUUGGGUUUUUAUUAUUUUAGUUUUUUGGCAGAAAAGAAACCAAAAGAUGAACAAUAAAACACCCUGUACCCCAAUACCUUCAGUCAGCAGUUUUAGGGGAAAGCCCAAAUGUUUUUCCCUAAAACUUGGGAAAUGAUCCAUGUGAAUGGGUAGUUACUGCAUUUCAUUUCCUAUAAUGCUGACUUUGAAUCUGUAAAAAUGGUUUGUUUUGAAUUGUUUGAAUGAAUGAAUUUGUAUCACUGCUUUAUUUGGGCUUUCAGUGUGUUCUCUGUCCUCACUGUAGUUUUGUAGUUGACUGUAGAGAUAUCUUACAAAAAAAAAAAACCAAGAAAUUAAAUAUCAUAUAGCAUCCUGUUUGAGAAUGCACAACUUGCUCAGUGUAUACUAUAAUAAUUUGGACAGUAUAUUCUACUACGGCAUGUAUUGUCAAUUGUAGAAACGAGGUUAAUUUUUUUCUUCUAAUGUCUGCACAAAAGGGAGGAAGAACUUAAUAGAAGGCAGGGUUAAAGUAUACGGUUUUGACAAUCCUUUUUCUUUCAUUUGCUUCAGUUUUCAUGACUGCAGGUACUUCCCAGAGGAAGGGUUCUUUGUGUGACAGGUGUGCUGAUCUUGGCCCCAGUCAUACAUUGCUUACCAUGCUACAUUAGGGGUUUGUUGCUAGUGUGGAACAUAACAGUACACUUUUCUCUCUUAAUCAGGUGCAUGGAAAUUGCAGACAUUAUUGCAACUGCAGCUCAGCAGGGCUGCAGCUCAGUGGUAGAGCAUCUGAUGUGUACGCAAAAGGUCCCAGGUUCAAUCUUUGUAUCUCCUAAUAGCAGUGGGAGUGUCCCACAUCUGAAACAGAGACUGGAGAGCAGUCAGUGUAGGUCAGUGGUUCCCAAACUUCCCCCACCCCAAAAAAACUACUUGAAAAUUGCUGAGGGUCUUUGUGGUAAUGUACUGUGCUAGAUGUGGUAUGAUUUUUAAUUGGUUUUUACUGCUUAUAUAUAGUAAUUUAUUGUACUACAAUUUGAAUAAGAAUUCUAAUACAAUAAAAUACAAUGUAAGAAAUAAAAGAAGCAAUAAAAAUACAAUUAAAUCAAUACCAAUUUUUAACGCAACAUAUGUGCCAUCUUCCAUCUUCAGCUACAAAUCCAUAGACACACUGCAGACCACCUGAAUGAAACUCGUGGACCUUGGUGGUUCACAGAUUGCAGCUUGGGAACGCUGGUCCAGACAAUACUGAGCGAGAUGGAGCAACUGUCUGAUUCAUUAUAAGGAAGCUCUAUGUUCCUACUGGUAACAGCUAUCCUAGGAAGAUGACAUAUAAACCAAGCUUUAGUGUAUUGUCUCCCCUCCCCACAAGCCAUACUAGAGCUGUUCUGAUCCUUUCUAAUCCAGAUGGCAGACUGGAGGCUACAAGGUUUAGUGUAUAUAAGAGCCUGAUAGAGCAACUGUUGCAGGUAAAUCCCUUGAUCUUCUCCCUUGAGGCACUAUUUCCUUACUUCUGAUAUAAUUCUACAAUUAAAAAAACAGAUAUGGAGGAGCAUAUACAAGACCUGUGUCCCCUUCCCCACAAAGGGAGUCCCUUAGUAAUUUGUUAGUGCCUGGGGAGGGCUACAGUUAAACCAACCAUGUUGUAACUGAGCUAUGAUGUAAACAACAUUGUCCAUUCCUUCAACCAAAAAUGGGUAACCCUUGGUAAGAGAAUGUGCUCGUUAACACUGACAUCGCUGAGCAGUGGAAGAACAAAGUGGCAUCACAGAACUGUGUUACGUUGUGGUACUUCUGAAUUCACUUGAAAGUUAAACUUGUCCUAAUUGCAAUGAGAAACAAUCCACCAGGAAUGCUUUCUGUGCUAGAUGCAGCCAUUUCAGUGGGAUUCAUUCUGAAGUCAACCCCAUGGAUUAAGUUUAAAGUUGGUAAUCUUUGAAGUGUACAAGAGUCACGCUGCCUGUUAUGCCUUUUCUCUGAUACUAUUUUAAAUGUCUACAUGAAAUAACCAUGCUUAAAGGUUUUAGCAAGUCCCAGUUCCCAACUGAAAUAAAGUUAUCAAUGUAAUUUAUUCCGUGAAUAUGAUGCUGAUGGUUAAAUGGGAGUGGUCAUGAAUCACAUAUAAAAAAUGUAACAUUUGAAGCAUUGUGGGUAAACUGCAAGACCAUAUAUUUUUUGGUACAAUAGAACCCUGACUUUAUUUUAAUAUCGAUAAUAAAUUUUAUCCAAUUUAUGAUUAUCAUAUUCUGGUCCUUAAAACUGUUCAAGGUUUACAUUUGAUAGGAGUAUAAUGGAGCUGGUAGUGAACUAUUUUUAUACAUAUGUUUAUUUUAUUUUAAGUACUAUGAAGAAACAUUAACAUACAUGGUCUUUCAGUGACACCAUAAAAAUAUUUUUAACAACUUUGUAAUAGAGUGGGCAAAAUCUAAGGUUUGUAAGUUAAUUAAAAAUGGUA